AUGAUAACGAAGGCAGUAGAAGCUAGUGGAACAGUUACUAUUACAACUGUAACCCAGCAACUAUUUCGAACAAAGAUGGAUUUUAAUGAAUGUUUCAUUCAUCCAAAGUCAUUCUCUUUAGACCCUAACAUUUAUACAGAACUUGUAGAACAUUAUACAAACGAGGCUUUAUGUUUUCCUGUUAAAGUUAUGGAUUGGAUUCCUAUGGACGGUUCAUUCUCAAAGAAUACAGAUAGUUCAAGUGCAACAUUUACAGCAGCUUAUACGCCUAUUAAUGUUAAAAGUAUUUGGGCACUAUUUAGAAAGAAAGACAACUAUUAUGUUAAUUUUGAGAACCCUAAGUUUAAAUAUCUUCAGCUUUCCAUGGGAGCUUAUGGAAAUAUGCCUGCAGAACCUGAAAAAUCAUAUGGACCUGUAUUUUAUGAAAUGGUUGCGAACGCCUGCAAUACAAACAAUGAUAUGAUAGGAUUUAAUGAAGAUGUUAUGAGGUCAUUGGUGGAUGAUGGUAGUGUGGAACAUAAAUGGGAUAGCUAUGACAACACACAUUUCUUAUGUGGUUUUCCAACAGAAGUGGACUUUUGCUUCCA